AUGAGCAGUGUGAUCACCCGAGCCGAAGCACGCAGGAGGAUGGCGGCCCAGCAGGGACCCAACCCGUUGCAAGGAUGGUCGGCAGCCCGGCCUACCCGAACCCCGUGGCGGUUCCUGAAACGGGCCCGCACCGUGGAGUCCUCGCCGGAGCCUGUCAUCAGCUCAGACAGCGAUGUCGAGGUAAUUGAUGACCCCAUCGCGGAGCAAAGGGAGUGGCGGCCCCGGAAGGCCACGAGGGCUGGCCGCAUCCCACCCGGGACGUCGGCUAUUGGGGGCCAAACCCCCGAGGCCCGAGACGUGGAGGUAACUCCGUCAAUUGGGCACAUCGAGGCGGUCAGCCGGGCCAUGGCGGAGAGUCAGGCGAGGCCUGGGGUCCGAGACCCGACGGAGCAGGAACGGGCCCGAGAAGAGGGCCAAGCUGCGCCGCCACCACAGGAGCCUAGGCCGGAAGAGAAGGACGAGGAAGAAGAGUGGGCCCCAUCUCCACCAAGAUGGUUGCCGGAGGUGCCGCUGACGCCCCGGUACGAACCGGAGUGGCAUCGCGGCGAGGACCCGGCGAGCGAGGGAGAAGCGCCGAGGGCUACGCCUCCAUGGCGGCCAGCACGGCCACCUACCCCGCGGUACCAUCAGCCCGAGGCCAAGCCGAAGACGCCGGGUCCUCGCCGCGAUGCCACUCCGGUUCGCACCGGGGCAUCAGUGGCACCUCCGGCCGCCAUGGAGGCGUAG